AUGAAUGCAUUGUUUCAGGUUCGGCUCAGGAAUAUUUUAGGACGCUUUUUUAACAGCAAUAACAACGAACUGAGUUCUUCAUCCUCAUCUUCGUACUAUUCGGGUCUCGGAGAGAUAAGCUCACCCUAUAAUACCGUGCAUCGAAUACAUGUUGGUUAUGAUGGAAAAAAAUUCACUGGCUUGCCGCAGCCUUGGAUGGACACGUUGCUUCGGGAUAUCAGAACGAGCAAUUUCAGUGAAGCCGACCAGAAGAAAAACCCUUCAGCAGUUGUGACAGCAUUGAAAUUCUAUGCGAAAACCGUCAUGGCUCAAGAAACUGAUAAACCAAAAUUUAUGAUCACAGACUCGCAGUUGCCAUACGAUGACGAUGCUGAGGAUGACACACAUUCUUCUGCAAAAACCGACCAUCUGGGUAACUCAAAUACUUCCGUUUUUUGCUUUUUCCACUAA